UGAUUGCAAAGUCAAACUAUUUACAGGAAAAUUGAUCAAAGAUGCACGUUGUUUUAAUUGAUAACUAUGACUCCUUUACCUGGAAUCUCUACCAGUACAUUUGUCAAGAAGGUGCACAGGUUGAAGUUUAUCGUAAUGAUCAGAUCACCUUAAACGAGAUUGAAAACAUAGAUCCUGAUAUCAUAUUGAUCUCUCCUGGUCCUGGUCACCCAAAGACUGAUUCCGGCAUUUCAAGGGAUGUUAUUAAACAUUUUACAGGCAAAAUUCCUGUAUUUGGUGUUUGUAUGGGUCAGCAAUGUAUUUUCGAAGUGUUUGGAGGCUCUGUUGAAUAUGCUGGUGAAAUCGUUCAUGGAAAAACCACUCUUAUAACCCAUGAUGGAAAAGGUUUGUUUACCAGUAUCCCACAAAAUAUCGCAGUCACAAGAUACCAUUCAUUAGCUGGAACUGUUCAAACUUUACCUGAUGAAUUAGAAAUCACUGCACAAACUCCAACUGGGAUAAUCAUGGGCGUUAGACAUAAAAAAUAUACUGUAGAAGGUGUUCAAUUUCAUCCUGAAUCGAUUUUAACUGAAGAAGGUCAUUUGAUGAUUAAAAACAUGUUAAAUACCUGUGGAAAAACAUGGGAAGAGAAUAAGUUAAUUCAUGAAAAUAAAAUUAGUAAUAACAAAAAAGUAACAAAGAAUACGGGAAAGAGUAUUCUCAAUGAAAUAUAUGAUCAAAGAAAGAAAGAUGUUGAAAGUCAAAAGUUGGUUCCAGGUCAUAGUUUCAAACAAUUAAAUGAAUUAUAUGAUUUAGGUUUAGCUCCUAACGUUAUAAACUUCUAUGAUAGAUUAAAAGCUGAGCUACCAAAGUCUGCUUUAAUAGCUGAGAUAAAGAGAGCAUCGCCUUCCAAGGGCCCAAUCAACUUGGAAGCAAAUUCUGCUUCACAGGCUUUAAAAUAUGCAAAUACUGGAGUUGCUGCUAUAUCAGUGCUAACAGAACCUCAUUGGUUCAAAGGGUCAAUCGAGGAUCUCCGAAAUGUGAGAAAUAUAUUGGAAGUAUCGUAUGAAAAAGAUUGUGGUAAAAGUAGACCAGCGAUUUUAAGAAAAGAGUUUAUCUUUAGUGAAUAUCAAAUUCUUGAAGCGAGAUUGGCUGGAGCCGACUCAGUUUUAUUGAUUGUUAAAAUGUUAGAUGAUUUAUUGUUAAAGAGAUUGUAUGAUUAUUCGUUAUUAUUAAAAAUGGAGCCAUUAGUUGAAGUCAGUUCAUUGGAUGAAAUGAAAAGGGCAAUUAAACUUAAGUCAAAAGUUAUAGGAGUUAAUAAUAGAGAUUUACAUUCAUUUCAUGUUGAUUUAAAUACUACAUCAAGUUUGGUUUCAAUCGUUCCAAAAGAUACUAUAUUGUGCGCGUUAUCGGGGAUAUCAAGUGGUAAAGAUACUGCUAAAUAUAAAGAAGAAGGAGUUCAUGGAUUUCUUGUUGGUGAAGCAUUGAUGAAGUCAAAUGAUAUCAAUAAGUUUGUUGAUGAAUUAGUGUGUGAAUGAAAAUAUAGAAACGAAUUAUAUAAGUAAAAGUAAGCCUAGAAAU